UGUGUGUGUGUGUGUGUGUGUGUGUGUGUGUGUGUGUGUGUGUGUGUGUGUGUGUGUGUGUGUGUGUGUGUGCAGCUAAGUGUGAGACAGACUGUGAAUUUGACAGCUAGUUACUUAGAAUUUAAGUAUUCCUCUGCUCUGAACUUGCCACUCUCAAAAUAGAAGACAAGUUAUCACCUGAAGUAGUUCAUAGCGUCUAUUGAGACGUGAUUGUUGAAAUCUAAGUGAGAAUGAUACACAAGACUGGACAUAUCUUGCUCUUAAGAGUAUCUCUAAUGCUUUUCUCGGAGCACUAGGUUUUAUCGGCACCCUUCUGUAAACCGUACUUGCUGUUUUUUUUAUUUUAAAUUUCAUCAGUGCAGCAGCACCAGUGCAUACUUUGUCUGAAAUAAAAGUUGACCGUCAUUGUCAACAAUCACGAGCUACAGAAUGUAAUGUAAGCUUACGGUGCUUUUAGCCACCUGUGUCAGCAUUUCCAGUGAGCAUUUUCUUUUAAUGAAGCGGGUAUGUUUUACAUUAGGUUUAGAGGGGGGGAUGCGGGGAGGGAGGGAGGGGGUUAUGAACAUGAUGGGGUAAUUUUAAAGCUUUACAUGCUGUUCUGCAAAUACUUGCUGGCGAUGCACUGAUACAGACGGCUGGAGCACUUUUUCUCGUAGGACUGUUUGAGCCACAUGACGGUGAAACGUUCUCUGCAAACAUCCCUGUUCUAAUAACUUGCUUUAGAGGUGUUACAUGUAUUCCGCCAAUUGCUAUUUGGGUUGUUUAAAAUCAAUACUGUGAUUUUAAAAAGUUGUAAACAAAUGUGCUGUGGAUUCUUCAUUGCUUAAAGGAAGCUGUGGUGUUUCAUGUCGAUGCUUUCCCAUUUAAAUCCCAUAUGAACAUGAGGGUGAUGUAAACAAACCAGAGGGGUUUGUUUACACCUAGUUGCUAGUUUGUUAGGUACCGUACAACUCGCACAUUAAUGCAGUUCAAUACAAUAAUAAUGCGCGACAUGAAUAAUUGAGUAAAAAUCUUUCUAUUUAAAAUAGAUUACGGGUAUUUCUAAACGUCAGCUGUAGUUUUUCUACACUCCCGAAUGUUCAAAGGAUGUUGUUGAAUCGAGAUGUUUCACUUCUUUCCGUUUCCGUCAUCGCCGACAACAUCUCGCGUCACUCCGGUUAGAUCGUUUUACGCAUGUGCAGAAGGACUUCGUCGAUAAUCACGUAAACAGUAUGGCAGAGCUCCACCAACGUCGACACGAGCUCGGCGACAGAAAGUUGCCACUCGAGGAAGCAUCCCGAACAAGCACAAGAGCCACACCCGGUGACGGCUCCACGGUGCACCUGAAGCUGUGUGCAGCGGGCUUUUACGGAGUCAGUUCAUUCCUCAUCGUUGUCGUCAACAAAAGCGUCCUCACGAGCUACAGAUUUCCAUCGUCAACAUGUGUUGGAAUCGGCCAGAUGUUGGCUACAGUUGUAGUUCUGAGGACUGGGAAGAUGUUUGGUGUUAUCUCGUUUCCAGAUAUGGAUCUGAGUAUACCACGCAAGAUGUUUCCACUGCCUCUUCUGUAUGUCGGGAAUCAAAUAUCAGGGCUGUUUGGGACACAGCGACUCAAUUUGCCCAUGUUUACAGUUUUGAGGAGGUUCAGCAUUUUCCUCACCAUGGUGUUCGAGGGACUCUUGCUGAAGAAGAGUUCCUCUGCGUCGGUUAAGAUCACAGUGUUCACGAUGAUCUUUGGUGCUUUUAUUGCUGCCAGCGCGGACAUAGCUUUCGACCUUGAAGGAUACGUCUUCAUAAUGAUCAACAACGUCCUGACAGCGGCCAGCGGGGCGUACGUGAAGCAGAAACUCGACUCCAAGGAGCUGGGCAAAUAUGGGCUUCUCUACUACAACGCUUUGCUCAUGAUCUUCCCCACUGCGGCUUACGCUUACUACUCAGGGGACUUGCAAGUGGGGUUGGAGUAUGAUGGAUGGUCUGAUCAGCUGUUUGUUGUGCAGUUUGUGCUCUCCUGUGUCAUGGGCUUUGUUUUAAUGUACUCCAUCAUGCUGUGCACGCAGUACAACUCGGCGCUCACCACCUCCAUUGUUGGCUGCAUUAAGAAUAUCCUCGUGACCUACAUUGGAAUGGUGUUUGGAGGAGACUACAUAUUCACCUGGACUAACUUCAUCGGUCUAAACAUCAGCAUUGCUGGCAGCCUGGUGUACUCCUACAUCACCUUCACACAGGAGCACGCAAAAACGGCGUAAACCACGGAGGCCCGACCUACAUCGAAGACCUGCGAAUGUCCACAUCUCACACGUCUGUUUUUAAGCUGUCAAAAUGUUUUACAAACAUUUAUGUAUUCUGUCAGCACGUUUUUGCUGCCAUCAAGUAAUUUAAAAUGAUCCAAUUUUAUGUCUUUAAUUAAGACAAAGUGCCGUCAUGUUUCACUGAUUUAAUACUAAGUCAUGAGCAUUUUUAUAUUUGACAAAUCAAUAGAUUUAAAGGAUUGAUUGCAAUUUUUGUAAUUCUAUUUUAAUACAAUAAAUUAUUGAUGACUCCAAUCAUUCCGAUUUCUUCACACUGGCUUUUAAUAUAUAUUUUCCGUUCCUACAGCUCAGCUGAAAGCUCUUCCUAACUUAAAGCCUUUGUUGCUCAGACAAAACAAUGUUGAAAAAACUUUGUUUUGCACCUAAUGAUUUUGUCCUUUUUCUUAACAGUGUAAUUAUUUUAGGAAGGGUUUCUGAUCAAGGCCAGUAUGUUUAACAUAUACAUGUACAUAUACACAUGUUGCAUUUGAGUAUUGUAAUAAUAAAAUAAAAAAAAGAAUCAGUUUUUCUUGUAUUCAAGCAUGUACACUUUGAAAACUCACAAUACAACAACUCAAGACUCAUUAAUACAUUUAUUAAAUAUAGCCAAUGUUAUUCCAUUCAUAGUCUUGGAAUACACUUUUAUUUAUGUCAUUUACAGAGAGAAAAAAACAAGACAUUAUCAACGAAGGGAAAGAAAAGACUACGUGGAUCAACAAUAUUGAGACGAACUAAUCUUAAUCUGUGAAUGUAAAGUCAAAGCUGGAGUACAAAGUAAAACACGGAAGCAUCAAGCCGAACAGCUACUGAACCAAAACAAAUGAAGGUCUCGCAGGUCACAUGUCGACCUGGUCCGUUUCACUGCUGGAGAUCCACUCGCUGAGGAAAGACGGGAACAUUGGUUGAAACGAAGCACUUUGAGUUUAAACCAAAGGCGAGCAGCACACUCAACCACAACGUGGUACCUUUUCUUUGCACAAAAGACAAUGCUCUCUGCAACAAACAUUUGCGAUUGUGCGAGUUCACACAGGAAUGGGAAGUGCUGAGAGGGAAAGAGGAAUGGCUACUUUAUUUAUUACAUCCAUCUCAGAGCAACACAGGCGAAAGAUCUCUAAACAAAAAGCACAGCAGCCUACAAGGAAGACCUGAACAUCCGCAGAUGAACAGACAUAUAUAUAUAUAUAAAAAAAAAAAAAUGUACCAACUGCUCAAGGUAAGAAAUCUAUACAAACUUUACAAUAAAAAUCACGGACAUUCUGUCUAGUAAAAACAAAGCGUUGAGCAAAGCACCGACUAUGAAAAUCCAAAAAUACAGCGAUCUCCUACAUGAGUUAUAAUACAAGACAUCACUGAUGUCAGCUGCUUCACACAAACAAACCCGCGGGGGGGCUCGCCCGUCGGUUCAUUUAUCAGAAUCAAACAGCCGUGACGGAGGCUGGAGCGGCUUUUAUGAAGAGGAGUGAAAACGUUAAUUCUGCUGGGUUUUAUCGGCACCGCUCCUCAUCAGUACAGAUGAGAACCAAACAAUCAAAGUGCAACUUAAAGAGCCGGCGACAGCACCGGCCUCACUCACCUUGUG